AUGGACGACGACGAAGUAUCCAUCUUUGAUACGCCAGAUGGUGCUUCAGAACUCUCGGAUAUUGAGAAGCAACGUGCUUCUCUACAAUCAUACCUUGAUGCCUUGCCUUACGAAGGCGAGUCUGUCGAGAAUAUGCAGGAACGACUGGAGAAUAUUAUCGGGAAGAUGUAUAUUUGCGCCAAGGCAAAAAACUGGCUACUUCUGAGCACUUGGGAUGGCAUGCUUCAAUGCUGGUUAUUGAUGCGCUACCCCAUGCCCAAGACAACUCGCGCGAAACUCGUCCGCUUCUAUUAUGAGCUUUGUGCGAUGCCCGGCAUCGAACCUCGCGUUAUUCGAACUUGGGCUGAUAUGUUGUCUCGACUUCUCUCAACUAAACCAGGAAUGAAACGCAAGCUUGAGGCUGAAGAUCUUGAACUUUCUUGGAAGCCUUUGUGGCGCGUUUUGCAGAAAGAAUUGUGGCCAAAAUCUAAUAUUCGUGAUAACACGAGGAAUCUUGUUAAUAUACUCCUAUACGUAGCUGAACAGUGUAAACGCCACUUUCCCGCUCAAGACAUCCCCGAGAUGCUUGAAACCUUCCUGCCUCUUCUGACGCCGGACUCUGUGUUGGUCAUCACCCCAGUGCUGACUUCAUUUUUGCCUCCAUCGCACACUCACCUCUAUUUGCCCGCCCUUUUCAAAUUAUGGGAAGCCUUUAAUUCGUCAGCUAUGGACGACAGACUUCUUGAAAUGUUUGGAGAGCUUUCGGAAGAACAUGUUGCCGGAAAGUUUGGGAAUGCAGGCGAGGGUGGGGCAGACUGGAAGGAUGUAGGGAUAUGGACGGAUAUUCAGUGGAAUACACUGAUAGGGAAAGGCCUUGGCUCUAUGAACGUUCCUGUGGGUGCUAUGAGGGGCGCUUCAAACACAUCAGCACACGCCGAUGCCACCGACAAAAAUUCGGCAAGGAUAAAGAAGACCGUCAACAGAAUCCAUUCGAUUGCCAAAUUACUCGUAUACUCUAUGCGGCUCGAUGGCGACGUUCGUGAAAAUAAGCCGUCAAGUGGUGGACUACAGGGCAGAGCAUUACCCCGAAAAAGUGGCUUCGUCGCUGGAUCGCACGCUCUUGAUUCAUUAGAUCAAAUAAUCACCAGCACGGAGUCAUUCUUCCACCCGUCCAACAAUGGUGCAUGGACAGCAUCGUUGACCAUGUUUUUACAUCGUUUGACUUCGGAGUUCACGAAACGCUGGAUGGAAGAGGAGCUAGAGAGCUGUAAAACACCUGUGGCCCACCGCCUGACACCCUCCAUUCGACGAAGUUUUGUUUUGAUUCUGCGGACUCCAGCCUUGCUCGCUAUGUUUGCCAAAGACCCGACUGCUAUGAGCUAUGCUCAAGGGGCACUUCGCGCACUUGCAAUGCUUGAUUCAUCUUUAAUCAUGCCUGAACUUCUAGACCGCGCAUAUGGUGGUCUCGAGAUUGUCAACGAGACACAUCGAACAACCGCAGUUUUGAGCAUGCUAUCAGGUAUUGCGAGACCAUUGGUGACAGAGAAGGUGUGGCUGGGUGGCCAAAGGCAUGUCGUACCACUCUUGGAGCUUUGUAUCCCUGGAAUCGAUCUUAAUGACCCAGGCAAAACAGUUUGUGCGACCAUGUUCAUCGUGUCCGUAAUACAGCAUAUCAAAAUCGGAGACUUAUCCAUGCAUCAUAGUGGCGUGGCGUUUACAGGCGACACUCCUGGAGACGAGAUAAUGGAUAUAGAUGACACCGGCGACCGACUGCCAGAUGGGACAGAACCAGGGGAAACCCCAACCCUGAGCAGAGAAGAGGAAAGGUCGCUUGUGCGUGACAGCACAGCGGGUUUUGCGGACUGGGUGAUAUCUUUGUUCCGUCGCGUCUUGUCCCUUUAUGAAAAUUUGCCCGAAGAAGGCGGCAAAAAGAACACGACAGGCGGAAAGCAAGAAGAGAAUGUUCUCAAAUCGAUCAAGAGCAUGCUUGACGUCAUUUGCCUACAUCUAUCUGACCAACUCUUUGACCUUGUUCUCAAUCUCGUCUACGAUUAUGCAACUACGAACGCGAAAUCGAACGCGGUUCGCGCCUUUGGACAACUUGUCGCAUGUCUUGCUCGAGUGCGCCCAGAGGAAACAAUGGCGAAGUUUUUGCCCUUCUGCAUUAACCAAAUUGAGGACGAAUUGAAACAUGGUGCAUCGAGUGUGCGUACGACGUCUACUCAUGCAGCAGUACCUUCCGAUACAACACUCCAUUGGAACAUAUCGAUUUUACGUGGUUGUCUUGGGUAUGGAGGCAAAGCAUUACUCAAAUAUCAGUCAGAGAUUUUGGGUCUGUUGAAGCUUUUGGUUGACAAGACGAAAAGUGAACGCGGCUACACAAGUACUGGCCGUCUCAUUACCCGGAUACUCAACACCACCGGAGGCGUUUAUCCACUUAACACCCGCUUCGUUAACACAGACGAGUGGGACACUCCAGCCUUUGACAAGAACCAUAAUACCCAAUGGGGACGGCUUUAUGAACCUCAGGAUGUUGUAGUCGAGUGGCAUGUGCCGUCUAGUGAAGAAAUUGCUUUCGUUUUGGAGGUCAUUGAGCAAAUCGCCAAGCCUAGCCUAGCUGUUGUGGAAUCAUUAUUGUCGUCAACGUCUAAGUGGGACAAUGUCGCGCGCAACGACUUCUGCCGAUAUCUGCAUGCAUGCAAGUCCAUUUGGUUGGGCUUGCCGACAUUUUUCAAAGAGCAACAGAAACGAAUUGCGAACCCAUGCCUGAAUCUGGAAAUUGAAACAGCUGAUAUGGUUAUAUCUCCCCUUGACGUGAAUGCCGGGUUCACGCUUACAGACCCGAACGAUCCACGAUAUAAAAAGGUGGUGCAAAGCCGCUUGAGAUUCUGCGAAAUCAUACAGCAAGCCGCCUCGACUCUGAGACGGAACACUAACGGGGAAGAUCAUAUCGAUGCUAUUAUCGCUGUGAUAAGGGCAAUCGACACUGCUUUGCUUGCCUACGGCUUGAGCAGAAGCGACUUUGACUCGAUGCAGAAAAACUAUGUCCAAGCCCGCGACUUGAACCGAUCGUGGACCAGGCAGAAGGACAAUUCACGCCUGGUCUUCGUCAAGCGUGCGCACGUGUACCACAGCGGCCGUGUUUACAUGCAUGCACUUUACCGUCAUCGCUCUGAGCUUGACGACAAACUUCUUGAAGAACUGGUGGAGUUGUCGCUCUCGCAGUACACUAGAAUUCGAAGACAAGCUCAGGCGGUCAUCCAGAACGUCACUGGAUAUUUUGUUCGGUCCACGCGCUUUAUAUUACCCAUCCUCUUUGGUGCUUUAGCCAAAGGAAAUGAUCCCGAUCGGAUGAAGGGCGCUUUGUAUGUGCUGUGGAACAAGGGGAUAGCUGCAUACGCCCUCGCCGACCAGGGAUUCCACAGCCGCUACCUUUUGUCACUGCUCAAUUGCCAGCAUGAGGAAAAGCCUUCUGUACAAAAGCUCGUGAAUACGUUAGCUUCGGACUGCAUCGGGCACCUCAAUGAGGAGGCCGUCCAUACGGACGCUUACGUCCUUGAUACACCUCGUUUGGACAGCGUUCUCGAAGACCUACGCAGCGAAUUUUCUCGUUCGUUCAUCGAUCAGGGACUUUUGGCUGAUGUCAUGGGCAAGGCACAUAUUCGCAUUAUGAGACGGGAGGAUGUAUACAACGAUACGGUGACGUCGAUUCUUGAGGUUGCAUUGAGGCCAACGACACAUUGGCGCUAUGUCCAAAUGGCAUCUCGAUUCUUGUACGGACUACUGCGUCGAGACGUUCCAACCUCGCCAGAUGCCACCAGAUUUUUCGUGGAGCAGUCAAUCAGUCCGCAACCCACGAUAAGAGCUAACGUUCAAAAAGCCGUCAUUAAAGUCCUUACAUACGCCAAGAUAAGGACCUACGCAAAAUCUGCAGAAGAACUUUGGCUUGAAGAAUGGACUAAUCCGUUACAACAACAGGUGCCAAUUGGGAAUCCAACAAAAUUUCUUGAAAGUCUUCAGCACCCAAACAAACCAAUGCAAGGCGGAUAUUACAUUGACAAGAUACAAACAGGCUUUUUGGCAUGGACUCCGAGUAUCAAGGGUUACCGGCCUGUGUUGGAUCACACAGCGCCAACUGCUUGGGACCCCAGCUCUGCCGCCUCCCUGCAGUCAAUCCACAAAAUCGUGGGUCACAGGGACUAUUUCAAGCAGUUAGCCCUGCUCUGGGGUCAAGAAACCAGCAAAAACGGCGGUGCAUUAGAAGUUCGUCCAGAAAAUGUCGCCUUCUUCAAAUCUCUAGCCAAAGUUUUCCAAGACGCUCUCUUGGAUGAUAUUUUCGCGGUUGUUGACCCAUUGCUAUCGGACUCGGAUAAGUAUAAGCAGCGCGCUGGUGCAGAGAUCCUUGCAGGGACUCUCCGUGGAUCAAAGCAUUGGCCCCAACAAUCUCUAGAUAAGCUCUGGUCGUGGACAACAACUCGACUGAACGGUAUCUUAGCUCAGAUUAAACCAGAAACCUUGACCUUCUGGGAAAACAUUUUUCAAUAUCAAUUGUCGCAGCGUGAUCCGCGACGAAAUGCGGCCCUGGUCGAUUGGAUAUUGACCCUCCCCCUCGAGUUCAACGGCGACUCCGCUUUCGAAAUGACAAAAUCCCUUUCUUUGUUCAGCGUCUUGGUUGACAGCCUUGGGAUAUUUUUCAAUCCGAGAUCCGAGAAAUAUGUCACAAUCUUAUUUGACAAUGCAAAUACCGGAUAUGCCGAGAUGCGGCAACAUGUUUGCCAUGGCCUGUACUUGAUCACGCGAAACCAUUGGCAGCCAUGGUACCCCUCCACUCGCGCCUUUUUAGUUGCAUGUCAGGAGUUGAGAGAUCCUCUGCAUAUUCAGGAUCCUUGGUAUAUGAGUCGGGUUUCGGCGAUUCUGGAGAAACUUCCAAAAUGGAGGGAUGAGCGUUUAUCUCCGCCACGAGUCAGUCAAUCAGAGUACGAUAAAGUUGGGUUAACUCUCCUGCAAUGGAUAUGGAUCUCUGCGCACGGCCCUCAGGCGUGCCUGGUCUUUCCGUAUAUUGUCCCUAUGAUGCCUGAGAUUCUUCGCAUGUCGGAGCUGAAAGAUAACUCUGAGUUGCAAGCCUACAGUUCCGCCGUCUUAUAUAUUCUGUCGGCGGUGUCCCCCCCGAUCGAAUACGUAGCAUUGAUUCUAGAUAACUUUGUUCUAGCCAUCAAGUCAUCCACGUCCUGGAAGAUUCGUCUUCAUGCACUGCCAGCGCUGGUGGUAUUCUUCUACAGAAAUCUUCUCUCGAUCUCACAGGAUGGGGUCGCAAAGAUUAUGGACGUUCUACUCGAUUGCUUGUCAGACGAAAAUGUCGAAGUUAGAGAAAUGGCUUCCAAAGUACUCUCAGGCGUGGUCAGAUGCUCACAGCGGCAGAGCAUCGUGCCCCUAAAGAACCGCUUUGUCGCUUUGGCUCGCAAAACUUCUCUUCCACCACGGCGCGAUCCUACCUACGCGGGUGCCUUGCGUUCUCUUCACUCGGCAAUUUUAGGAAUCUGUGCGCUCAUUGAAAGUCUUCCGUACUCGGUUGAAGUAUGGAUGCCACCUCUUACUGAAGUGUUGGCGCCUCAUGCCACUGACCCACCCCCGAUCUCAACCACUGUCCGAAAAUGCGCGUCUGAAUUCAAAAAGACACACCAGGACAAUUGGCACAAGGAUCAACAAUUAUUUAACGAAGAUCAGCUGCAAUCUCUGUCCACCAUGUUGGUGGGCACGUCAUACUACGCCUGA